AUGAGUUCUAUAUCAACACCAGAUACACAACAGACUUCAGCUUCACGUAACAAACAAAUUCAACAUGCAUAUCAACAACAACAGCCAAUGGAUUUAUUUCAACAAAGCAGUUUGAAACAGCAACAAAUCCAACAAUCAUAUAAGCAACAGCCAAUUGACACACUAGAGCUGCAACAACAACCACAACAAUCAGUGUACAAUAAUCAACCAGCCACAAUGUUGUAUUCACAAUCUUCUGUACCACCUUUAUCACAAUAUCAAUUUUCAUAUUCUCCAAAUAUGCCGUCUCAAAUCAAUACUAUGUAUUCUACUCAAAGACAACAAAAGAUCCCUAUGAGAAACACUACUACCUCAUCAAUACAGUCUCAAUCGAGAAAUUAUAAUUUAACUUCUACAAGUUCUAACAUGUCAAGCUCAACAAAUGGUAAUCGUCAAUUACGUGCAGCAUCAAUUUCAAGCUCAAUACCACAAGCUGAAUAUCCGGAAUCCGUAGUACGUCCAAAAGUUGCUACUACUAGAUGGGAUGAUGAGAAUACGAAUUGUUAUCAAGUUCGAGCAAGAAAUAUUUUAGUUUCAAGAAGAGAAGAUACAAAUUAUAUAAAUGGGACAAAAUUAUUAAAUGUGAUUGGAAUGACUAGAGGUAAAAGAGAUGGGAUAUUAAAAACUGAGAAGGUUAAGAAUGUAGUUAAAGUUGGUUCAAUGAAUUUGAAAGGAAUUUGGAUACCAUUUGAUCGCGCAUUUGAAAUAGCAAGAAAUGAAGGAGUUGAUGGAUUGUUAUAUCCUCUAUUUGUGAAGGAUAUAAAGGAGCAUUUUCUAACGAAGGGUCAUAAAUUAAAAAGCGAAGAUGAUUUGAAUGGUAAUGAAGAUCAGUCAGUAAAUGAAAAAGAUGAUUUGUUAUCUGAAGAUUUAAUUGGAAAUGUAGGUGGUGAAAAUAGUGGUGGUAGUGGAAAUACAAAUUCAAAUUCAACUACAGAAACAAAUAAUUCACCAAUGAUUACACAAAGUAAAUAUCAACAACAACAAGGUUUGCAACAAGCACAACUGUUUACACCGCAAACUAAAGAUGAAGAUAUUUAUAACCAAUCAUCACAGAAUACUCCAUUGAAUGUACCAAAAACUUUUUAA